GCUUUUCUAUCAACACUACCAUACAAAAUGCCCGUCACUCUUAAGCCAGCAGACCAUGGCGCGAGGAAGUGGGCUCCGGACCGUGAACUCACCACUACCGCUCUAUUCGCGAAAUCCUGUCCUCGCGAGCAUGACGACAGCGAGCGCGUGGUGCGGAGUGGCCUUUCGCAUUCUAUAAGCGAGACACACAUCAGUGGCACGAGCCAUGGCUUCGUGCGGGCGGUGCUUGACGCCUAUUGUUACCACCACCACCUCGUCCUCCGCCCCGAGGACGUCUGGUUCUCCAUCCUCAACCAGCUCAGCUUCUACAUCCAGGCCCAUGCCGAGGAGCUGCGGGACAUGUUUGUCGCUCAUCAGGGCCAGAAACGGCUCACAGUGCAUCAUUCUGACAACAUGGCGACUGCCGACUUUGGCUACCUGGCCGUCAAAAUGACCAAGGAGGUGGAGAAACAUCUACUCGAUCCGGAUCUCCGGACAUGGAUCAUGCCCAAUUUCACCACCACCACCAAGACCGACACAGUCGUUGCUGCCAUUCUCAUGCUGGGCAGCAUGCAGCGGUUCUUCUCGUAUGGCUUCUGUCUGAAUUGUGGGAUCCCCAGUGUCACCUUGCUGGGCGAGCGGGAGGACUGGGAGUUACUGCUCAGCAAGCUAGAGCCACUGUCGACCCUCGGGGAGGAGCCAGCCCUCUUCGCUAAGCUUCUACGGCCGAUUCUCACCCGGUUUGUCGCCUGCUUUGAUGAUCCGGAGGCGCCGGCGGCACACGAGUUCUGGGGCCGGUGUGCAGAUCGCAGCAUUGGCGGCAGUGGGCCAUCCUAUCUCUCCGGCUGGGUGACAGCGUUUUGUUUCUGGGACACCGAAGGCUACUUGCUUUACAGAGAAUAUCCGACAUGGGAUGCUUGCGAGCUCGACGGCGUCCGCUAUUACAAACUCGAUACCGACAGAAUCCCCCCCGGCUACUCUUCAGUUCCGGUCGAUGUCACCGACGAAGUAGGGGUGAAACAUGACAUGGUGAUGGUGGCAGGCAUUCUAGGCGUCCACGCCAGUUCCAGUGGGCAACCGCUGGAGGAAGCAGAAGCCCCUGAGGAAACCGGAUUGGACACGAUUCAGCCGGUUGCAGGCUGGUUGAUGUACGAGAAGAAGAGUCUGAACAAGUUGCCAGCCAAAGGGAAGAGAGAAGAGGAUGAAGAGGGACCUUAUUCCCCGUUAGGGGUACAGCUAUAUUUUGAGAAGGAUUGCUGGUUGGAAACGGAUCGAAGACCGAAGAAAUGCCGGCCAGAGGUGGAGAACUUCGAUGUCUUGGAGGACUUUGAUUUCGACAAGUUUUUAGCAGAAGAGGUGGUUGAGGAAGAGGUUACUUUCGAGGAAGCUUUACCAGAAGAAACUGCUGUCUAGCUUUGGUCAUGAGGGUUGCUUUUAUUCUACGUCAUAACUUGUCAAUAUCUACAUUGAAUUAUUUCCGAUCUGUCAUCUGAUAGUGGAAAUAAGACGAGCAG